UGUCCCCUUUCCCUUCUGUUGUGCUCCUGAGCACCACGCAAUCGCAUUGAGUGAGGCGAUGUGACUGCCCCGGACCGUGAUGCUACCGCCGGGACCUCGGAGCCUGCGCAGAGCGGCCAGCAAUACCCGCAACGCUAGCGCUAUAGUGGCCCAAGACUACGAGGACGAGCAGCGAGAGGCGGCACCAUGCAAGGAGACGGCAGCCGUUGGUCAAGAGAUCCAAUGCCGCCCCAGCACCGAGACCUCGUGGCCGUCUUGGUGUCUGAUCAUGGCUUGAUGCUGAGAAAGGGUCUGGCCCGCCGUUGAAGCUCUCGAGCCUUUCAUCUGCCCAAUGCGGGGCAAUAAGGUCUAUUCUAGGCUUCAUUUCAGACUACAUACUAGUGCAAGUCCAAGUCCAGAGGCAACAUGGAGCUUCGAAUCCACAUUUGCAGCGAAGGUGCUGUUUGGCCUCGACGGCCCCCUCGGCCCUGUAAAUGGCCCAUACGGAGUACUGAGAAUCUGUAUCAACACUUGGCCGAGACCAGAAGGCACAGCAUAUUCUCCGCUGGCCUUGACAGACGACCUGGAAGUUGCUGCUUGGCCUCGGCGGCGGAACAGAGCUAAAGUCGACGCCGCUGUCACGAACGCCGUACCCAGAAAUGCCCUCGGGAGCUAUCACCUGGCUUGCCUCCAUGAUGAUCGUGCUGCUGGCUGGUUCGCGGCACUUUUGGCAAAUAUUGGUCCGCCUCUGCUUCUGCCGCCUCCCCAUUUCGACGUUUUGAGCUCUCGCCAUCUCCUCUUCCCGUCCCUUUCGCUCUCGCUCGAGCAUUCUAGCCCGUCGAAACGAAAAGGUUUUGCACCUACACUGAUGCCGUCCUCCCUACCUGCAGCUUCUCGACUGCACAGCAGAUGCACCCCAGCUGUACCAGAGACCCUUCAUUUAGCCAGUGUAAACCUAUUGGCCUGGCCUGCGGAAUACAGGUGGGGAGGUCGGUUGAAGAACGGCUUAGUAGUUGAGCGCUGCCACAUAUCGACAGGCAUGGGGGGGGAUGCGGCGGAAACCCCUGCCAUACGCUCGCUGCCAGUGGGGCGGACGCUUAAAAAGGUCCCCCCUGCCGCACCUGUACGUCUUGACAGAAGAGCAGGGAUGUGGGCCACUGGAGCAAGGGUCGGCCUCUCCAAAAAGGGUCUAAGCGGUUUCACUGUGUCUCCUCGCUGCAGCUGUUCGUCGCCUUUUAGGCCAAGUCACGCCGUGGUAUCCUCCCUGUCUUCGUUUCCGUUUCCUAGCCAGUAGCCCUGCCCCGGAAUACUCGACACGAGGCGCGCCCAGUGCCGCGGCGCUUUUGUACCCCCCUCGUCGCCCCGUCCUCUCGUCUUGGGCUGGGUACCUGGGGGAACAAGGCUGGUGGGCCGUCUCAGACCCUUCUCCUGUCACCGUCGUGUCGAAGCCGUCGAGGCACACUACCAAGAAACUUGCCCGUUCAGGCCUGUACGCAAGGGGCGCUGGCCGUCGUCCUUGUGCCUCCCUGUCUUCUCCGAGGACGACUCUGCACUCUGGCGGCGCACUGUGCUGGCUCGUCUGAGCUGCUGCGGAGCGUCAUGUGCCAGAGCUCUUGGAGUCGUCUCCUCGCACUGGGAGUC